CGAGUCUCUGCUCUCGACUGUAUCUGCUGUGUUGAAUGCGCAUGCGAUAUCUAAUGCACUUUCUAAGCGUAGCUGCCGUGCUGCGCUGCUCUCAGCAAGCCACACCAAGGGCACACUCGAUGACGAUUAUGUGCGCCAAAAGUGGUUCUGUCAUGAUACGGCAGGCUGAGCCCACGCUCGCUCUCCAUUGGCAGCCUCUGCUCGACACAGCCACCCAUGUGUGGGCGUCGUUGGUUUCCGCGUGGUGGUAGUGUUCGGCUUGGCAAAGAAGGCAACCGUCGCCUUGUGCCCUCUGGCAGAAGGAGGCCGCCCGCAGCAAACCUUCACCACUGCCAGAAGUGGCUAGGGAGCCUGGCUCUGCGCAUACCAACCUGCCACACGAUCCAGGCCUGCGUCGAACCCACGUCGCUCGGCAGCACUCACAAAUUGCUGUCGCUUGCGCCGGCAUCCCGCUCGACUGGGCCGUGUUCUACACCGGUGUCCGUGCGAGCGGCCAGAGGUCCUUCACCCACAGUGGACCAGUUUCCAAUCAGCGGUCCGACGUGUGACAGUCAUCAGCGCAUGGGGCGGUGAGCCGCAUAAGGGUAUACUACUGCAAUGAUCGCUCACUUUUCCCACUUCCUGUGACUUUCUAUCACCAGACCCGUUGAGGCGCGAUCAGGCUGAAGGCUGCCGCCUACCUUUUGGCUGGCCGGUUCGCGAGUUCCAAU